UUAACGUGGGCCGUGUUACGGCUAGGUUAAGCCCACUCGCUGUGGACUCGUCGUCUUCCUCCCGCCGCCGCCGCCUAGGGUUUCGCGCUGAGAGCCAUGGACGCGGCGGCGCCGCCGCCGCGGGGGCAGGAGGGGCAAGGAGAUCGCAGCGGCGGCGAUGAGGGCGGGAGAUACGGGGUGCUCCUCUACUACAAGUACGCCGAGGUGCCCGACGCCGCGGCGCUCGCCGCCUUCUACGAGUCCCACUGCCGCGCUCUCGCCCUCGUCGGCCGCGUCCGCGUCGGCCCCGACGGCGUCAACGCCACACUCGGGGGGAGGAUGGCGGCGCUGGAGAAGCACGUCGCCGAGAUGAGCUCCAACGCCUUGUUCGACGGCACCGACUUCAAGCUGGCCUCCUGCGACGACCCCGUCGACGAGCGGGUCGCCAGGGAGUGCGGCUUCACCUCGCUCUCCGUUCGGCUCGUCAAGGAGCUGGUAACGCUUUGUGCAAACCCGUCGUUGGCAACCCCGCAGAUUACAUGCGCCGGGAGGCAUUUGUCGGCUGCGGAGUUCCAUUCGGUACUCCAAAGUGUUGCAGGAGCUACUUCGGACUCUGAAGCAACCGUGGAGAAGAGUGAAGUGGUUGUCUUGGAUGCGCGAAAUGUCUACGAGACACGGAUUGGCAAGUUCCGUGUACCGAACGUGGAGACGCUGGAUCCAGAAAUCAGGCAGUACAGUGACCUGCCGUUGUGGAUAGAUGAGCAUGCUGAGAAGCUCCGCGGCAAAUCAAUUAUGAUGUACUGCACUGGAGGUAUACGGUGUGAGAUGGCAUCGGCAUAUAUCCGCUCGAAAGGUGAAGGCUUUGAGAACGUAUUUCAGCUAUAUGGUGGCAUUCAGAGAUAUCUGGAGCGAUUCCCAGAUGGUGGCUAUUUUGAAGGGAAGAAUUUUGUAUUUGACCAUAGGAUUUCAGUGGGAAGCCUAAAAGAGAACAUACUUGGAACUUGUUUGCUAUGUGGUUCUUCUUUCGAUGACUACUCGCCCCGUUGUCGUUGCAGCCAUUGUAGAAUGCUGGUGCUAGUGUGCUCCACAUGUCAGGAUUCCACUAAGGAUUAUGUUUGCGAGUUGUGCCAAAAGAACGGAAAGCAAUGCUGCCAAACGUCACCAAGGCAAGGUUGCAAAACAGAGUCAGAGCUAAUAGAUUCUUCUGACUUUGGAAUACCAAUGAUUAUUAAUCAAAGUGCAACUUCAACCAUUCCCAGGAGUAAUGGUAGUGAGCAGCUGAAGAAGCUAAAGAUCCUCUGCUUGCAUGGUUUCCGUCAGAAUGCAUCAAAUUUUAAGGGAAGAACAUCAGCACUUGCCAAGAAGCUAAAGCACAUUGCCGAUCUUGUCUUUAUAGAUGCUCCACAUGAGCUUUCGUUUGUGUACAAACCAAAUCCAGAUCACUGCUCUGGCAGAUCUUCACUGCCAUCUGGCACACCAAAGAGAAAAUACGCAUGGCUAGUUGCUCCAAACUCAAUUUUUUACGCUGAGCAUGACUGGAAGAUUGCAGAUGCACCAUUCGACCCUCUUCAGUAUCAGCAACAAACUGAUGGAUUCGAGGAAUCAUACGCAUACCUUGAACAUGCUAUCUCUCAGAUGGGGAACAUUGACGGCAUUCUUGGUUUCUCCCAGGGCGCAGCAAUGGCAGCCUUGUUCUGCAGACAGCAGCAGAAGACUUGUGGCUCCCUCAAAUUCAGGUUUGGGAUAUUCUGCUCUGGUUAUCCAGCACCGAUCAUAAGUGAUUUUGACGGUGAGCCAAUUAAGCUCCCCUCGCUUCAUUGCUUUGGCAACUCUGAAGAUCAUGACAGGCAGAUAGCAAACAGGGCAAGCACCGAACUCGCGAAUCGAUUUGAUAAGAGUUGUCGCUCUGUUAUUGAGCAUGAUAUGGGCCAUAUAAUUCCUACUCGGCCGCCCUUUAUUGAUAAAAUAAAAGAGUUUCUGUCCAAUUUUAUUUGAAAUGUUUGGAAAUAAGGCAAUAUGCUUUGUUGUAAGUUAACUUAUGACCCCUCUUUUGAUGCAUAUCAUCUGUUGAGUUGUUCUAUGCUCAUGCUGACUGUAUGGUUUGCAGCCACCUUCCACUACUUUGAACCCCUAUUGAUUUAUGAUAUAUGCAAUUUAUGCA